AUGAUGGAAGUCUAUGAAACGCAACAGGUCCUCGCGGACUCCCUGGAAGCACUGUCCAGUUUGUUUCAUCGCGUGCCUGGUUCCGCCAUCUUUCUCCGUUACGUUAAAUCUAGUUACCAAAACGACCCCGUUCGUUCGGCAGUGGAACUGUUCCUCUUCUUGUUUGCUGUUCGCUACCUUCUUGCGCCCAAGUACUCUACCAAACCCGGUAUUGUGAAACUUUCCGAAGAAGAGAUUGACGAUCUCGUCGACGAUUGGACCCCGGAGCCCCUUGUGGCCAGUCCUACCGCUCUGGAAAGAAAUGAGGUCGAGAAGAGAACAGUCAUUGUAGGACCAACCGGUCCCAAGGUGAAAUUGUCCAACGGCCGCACCGUUACCAACCUCGCCUCUUAUAACUUUUACAAUUUUACCUCCAACGAAACGCUCAAGGAAAAGGCGAUUCAGACGCUACGCACGUAUGGUGUUGGUCCCUGUGGACCUCCGGGUUUCUACGGUACCCAAGAUGUGCACAUGAAGACCGAAGCAGACGUCGCGGCCUUUUUGGGAACAGCGGCGUGUAUCAUUUAUGCACAGGCCUUUUCGACCGUUUCCAGUGUUAUCCCCGCCUUUUCAAAGCGUGGAGACAUCAUUGUGGCCGACAAGGGAGUCAGUUACGCGAUUCGCAAGGGUAUUCAGAUUUCGCGCAGUACUGUGCGAUGGUACGAACACAACGAUAUGGAAGAUCUCGAGCGUGUGCUGGAAAAGGUGACUCGGGAGCAAGCGCGGAAGCCAUUGACCCGUCGGUUUAUUAUCACCGAAGGUCUCUUUGAAUCUUAUGGUGAUAUGAUAGACCUUCCCAGAGUUGUCGAACUGAAAUUCAAGUACAAGUUCCGCCUUCUUUUGGACGAGACCUGGUCCUUUGGAGUCUUGGGUCGCAACGGAAGGGGUGUCACUGAGCACCAGAAUGUCGACCCUACUGAAAUUGAUAUGAUUGUUGGUUCUUUGGCCGGCCCUGUCAUUGCAGGUGGCGGCUUCUGUGCUGGAAGCGAAGAAAUCGUGCACCACCAGAGGAUUUCGGCAUCGGCAUAUACCUUCUCUGCCGCUCUCCCCGCUUUGUUGUCGACUACCGCGAGUGAGACUAUCACUAUGAUGCAAAGCAAUUCGGACCUUUUCGUUCAGCUUAGAUCCAACAUCAAAACGAUGUGGUCUCAGAUCGACCCGCGCAGUGACUGGGUAUACUGCACAAGCGCGCCUGAGAAUCCGAUCAUGAUUUUGGCAAUUAAGCCAGAGGUGGUUUCAUCUAGAAGACUGUCCGUUGAGGACCAACAGUCCUUGCUCCAGGAUGUUGUUGAUGAGACAUUGGCAAAUGGUGUUCUCAUUACUCGAUUAAAGUCUCUGCCUGACAAUGUCGAGCCGAAGCAGCACGUCCUGCCGGCGCUCAAGGUCUGCCUGACAACGGGCCUGAGCAAGCGAGAAGUCGAAAAGGCUGGCACGAUCAUUCGACAUGCAAUUACGAAGGUGCUGAGCAAGAAGCGCUAG